AUGGGAAUGCAGGGCCCCUUGACCGCUCAGGCGUUGGGUCGGUCUCCAUAUGACGAUGUUGUGGAGUGGGAUGGAGAUCAAGAUGAUGAACAAAACGACGGAUCAAGGCAACAACAGUACGACCACAGAGGUCGCCCCAUAAACCCCGAGACCAAAAGAAUCAACAGAGACAUAAUCCGUUCCCAUAAUGAGGUCAUGCUUGUUAUUGGCGUUGCUGAACAGGAGAACCCGACAUCAAACCCAGAAGCCGAGUCGGAGCGUCGGCAUGCGCUAUACGAAUAUGAUGUGGGAAUGAAUCUCACCUUCUCGGCAAUGCGCUGUGUAGAUGCCGCCGGUGCGUUUGGUCUUGACGGCUUCCGCCAGCGCAUCCUCAUUUACAAAAGAUACUCACACAUCGCCUUCUGGGACCUGUUUGCCCAAGCCCGCAAGGACUUUUCUUUCACGAGAGACAUCAUGCCUGGUGCGGCAACGAGCAUUCUCACCAACUAUACCGAUCGCAAACUUUUCUGGCUAUGGAGAGAUCGCCCCGAUCGGAUGUUUGCUCGUCGCUUUGUUCACGAAAUGUGGGCGUAUGCCAGGACGCAUAUCGAACUUUACGUAGCUUUGCAGAGGCUUGGGCUGGUCUCGAGCAGCAACUUGCUUCCCAGCCUUUCCUUCUUUGUCCCCUUCAGCGCUGACUCCCCCAUUCCCGCUCCACCACCCCUCGAUGGCCUCUCAGUCCAGUCCGUCCUCCAAUGGAUAGGGGGUGUGUGCAUCUCGGCAACGCCUUUCCUUCUCUGGGUAAUGACACAGAGACUGAUCCGUGACCUACGACCCCAACUAUGGAGUAUCAUCUUGCCUAGGCUUCCAAACACCAGCCCUCCUUUGGGAACCCCGACCAACUGGGGACCGACCGAUAGGCCCAGGGACAGGGACAGGGCGGAGAACACCCAUAGUCGAAGCGCGACCAACGAUGUUUCGCCUCUGCGCGCGGUAGAUGGCCAGGUACCGAAUGAUACUGGCCCUGUGGAGGCAGUGAGGCGACCGAGCACGUUCUCUAUGCGCGAUGAUUUUAGCGAUGAGGAUGAGAAUGAAGGAGCCAAUGCUACACUGAUCAGUUUUGAUGUGGAAGCUACGGAGGCCUCAUCGGAUGGACCGCAAGGGCUAUGGAGUGCUGAAUUACGGCCCAGUGUUAACGAUGCUCGAGGACUAAGCUCCCCUUCAUACGUCGAUACACUGCUUACCCAGCUCCCACCGCUUCUAGCGAACUACAUCUUCUCCGAGGCCGCCAUUCGAAUACUCACAGCGCCUUACGAGAGCAUGUCUCUUCGAUUGCUGGCUCGCACGUUUCGUCUUCGGCUUGGCCUGCCUUCCCACGAUAUUUUCAACGUCAAUCUUUUCAGUGGCCUCAAUUCUACUCUCGUCAUCAACUUCUUGAGCAGCCAAUUCAUUCAUUUGGUGCUUUGCUCCGAACUGUGGGCUGGCUUCGCGACCGUAUCUGAGCUGCUGCAUACAACGCCAGAGGAGUGGAGGGAGGCGGAAGAUCAGAAAGAAGGUGAAUGGCGAGAUGAAUGA